CCCUAACAUGCUACCUUUGUUCUUCGCGUAUAUAUCAAAACCACGUAACCAUGCCGUUAGAGAGUGGUGAUGCCCUCCUGGCGAAAGCUCAGAAGGCCGCUUCGGCUGCGAAUUCAGGCGGCUUCUUCAGCUUCGGGCCCAAAGAAGACAAGAUAGACGCGGCAGCAGAAGCUUUCCUCAAUGCUGCAAAUGCCUACGAAAACGAGAAAGCCUGGGAGAAAGCCGGACGCGCCUACGUGUCUGCUGCAGAAAUGAAAGCCAAAGUCGACACUUCCCGCUUUGAAGCCGUGACUUCGUACGCCAGCGCUGCCAAAGCCUUCCGAGCCGUAGAUCCCCAGCUCGCUAUCCAACCCCUUGAACAAGCCAUCGAAAUGUGCAAGCAAGACCGCAAACGUGACCGUAUCCCCCGAUACGGCAAGCAGCUUGCGGAACUGUACUCCGAGAUGGGCGAUCUCAGAAAUGCUGUUCGCUGGUACAAGGAAUGUGCAGAGCUGUUGACACACGACGGCAUGACGAGCGGAGCCAGAGGUGAGCUUGCCAGCGCCGCUGCGCUGGAGGGCAAGAUGGGAAUGUAUCGUGAGGCUGCAGAUGAUUUUCUACAGUGCGCUAAGCUGUCAUUGAGUGGACGGUCUGGGCCGGCGAUGAGACCACUGGCAAAGAAGGACGUGUUCAAUGCUGCGAUCUCAAUACUGGGAUUGGUGGAUGAGCCAAGCUGCAGAGCUUAUUUUGAGGACAAUAUUAGAAGCGCGGACCCGGAGUUUGCAAACGAGCCACAGGGACAGCUUAUUUCGCAACUUAUUGACGCAAUUAAGCAGAGUGAUGAGGAGGCUUUUGAUAAUGCUGUCAGGGCUGUGCAAGGGAGACUCGUUAUGAUUGAUGAUUACCAGGGCGGUAUUUUGACGUAUGUGUAUGAGAAGUUAGCUGCUGAGCAGGAGGACUUCUCGUAGAGGUUUUGGCAUGGAUAUAAUCAUGAUAUGAAGAGAAAUGCUCUACUCCUGUCGACUUCUGCGAUGAACCACGAAAGGGCAAUGAGAGCUUUACGGAUAGACGCAAUGCAAUCUUACAAUACACGCUCAAAUAACAUCUAACAAGGUAGUUAUUCCCUCUUUUUGUGGACCAAAAAAGUUU